AUGGAUAGCACUCACUCGAAAAACCCUGAUCGGCGCCACAAAAGGCACCGCACCGAAGUUCAAACGUUGCAGUUCUUCAACUCCACUGCAGAACCAUGGUUCCCGAAGAUUCUCAUCCUUCAGGCUGAGGAUCAGUCAAAAGCACUAGCUAGUAUAUCUCCGUUCCUCAUUGCUAAAACUCUUGAACAAGUCAUUGGUAAAGCAUACAAUGCAAAAAAAUUGAGAACUGGUGACAUCCACAUUGAGGUACAGAACCGGCAACAGAGCUCAGCACUGUUGUCGCUAAAGCAAAUUGGUGAUAUUCCAGUCUUAGUGACUGCGCACCGCACGCUCAACACAGUCAGAGGUGUUAUCUCUUGUGAGGAGCUACUGCAGUGCUCCGAGACAGAGAUUGAGGAGGGUUUAAAAGACCAAGGGGUGAUCAGUGCCAAACGAAUAUCCAUCCGCAGGGACAACAAGGAAAUACCUACCAGGCACGUCAUAUUAUCUUUCCAGUUGCACACACUCCCCACAGAAAUAAAGGCUGGGUAUGUAAACUGUCACGUCCGACCUUACAUACCCAACCCACGUCGAUGUUUCAAGUGCCAGAGAUUUGGCCACCAUUCCCAAGUGUGCCGUGGACGCCUGAUAUGCCCCAAGUGCGCAGGUGACGGCAAUGACCAUACUCCAGAGUCAUGUAAGAACACUUUCCGUUGUGUCAACUGCGAAGGCAACCACCCAUCCUAUUCAAGAAGCUGCCCACGUUUUAGCGAUGAAAAAGAAAUCUUGAAAAUUAAGACUGUACAGCAGCUCACCUACAAAGCAGCGAAAACGCAACUGGAGUUUCAGAAAAAAGGAUCUUUCUCUGAAGCGGUGCGCCGGGGAGUGGCAUCGCUCAGAGUAUCCGUGGGGACCCAAACUUGUGGGCCUCCACUCCACACUCCCCAAACACAAGAAAAGUCUGCAGAGAGUUCGUCUCCGCCGGCUCCCGCCACAAUCUCUACGGAGGUUGAUGGUGCGUUUUCAGUUUGGGAUGGGCUCACUGGGAGCUCAUCCCAGACUGCCACACACUCAAUGGAGCUUGACGACGAUGACUGCAUGUCGCAGAAAUCGUCGUCAAGUCUUCCAAGUACUCUAGACCAGAGAGCUCCUUCUCAAGGGAAGGAGCAAAGAGAAAAGCACGGAGGUCGCGGUAGAGGCAAGUCGAAGGAGAAACAGAGGCUUCCCCCGCCAAGGGUCAUACCCCCUUAA